GAGCUGCCUUGAGCUUGGAUCAAACAAUCAUUGAAGCUUGUUCCAGCUGCCAACCCACCAACCCACCAAUCCAUUAAGCUUCUUCAACCACAUUUCCUAUCGACAACGACCGACCUUGUUCUUACGAUAAUUCCUUGCAACUAUAAUCAUUAGCACUCACUGCGCGUAGUUCUCCUUCUAGUUACAAGUCUACAACAUGGAAUUCGGCAACAGAGGCGUAUUGAGCGAGGAUGGAAUCCAUGUUGACAUGGAUAGACUAAAGAAGGGCGAGGUCAAUCUAGGAACAUCGAUCAUGGCCGUUACUUUCAAGGACGGUGUUAUUCUAGGCGCCGACUCGAGAACCACUACCGGAGCAUACAUCGCAAACCGAGUUACGGAUAAGCUGACACAAGUUCACGACACUAUUUGGUGCUGCCGAUCUGGUUCGGCCGCCGAUACGCAAGCUGUGGCGGAUAUUGUCCAAUAUCAACUUGGCCUGUUUGCGAUGCGAAAUGGCAGGCCACCUACUACCCAAACGGCUGCGGCCAUCUUCCAGGAGAUCUGCUAUUCAAACAAAGACCGUCUGAGUGCGGGCCUUAUUAUAGCAGGCUGGGACGAGCGACACGGAGGUCAAGUCUACUCCAUUCCCCUCGGAGGUUCUCUACACAAACAGGCCUAUGCGAUCGGCGGUUCCGGUUCGACUUACAUCUAUGGCUACUGUGAUGCGAACUGGAAGGAGGGAAUGGAAGAGCAGGACGCCGUCAACUUCGUAAAGGGUGCUUUACGGGAGGCGAUCAAGUGGGAUGGAAGCUCAGGAGGAGUUAUCCGUAUGGUUGUUCUAACGAAGAAAGGAGCAGAUCGACACCUGUACUUGCCCGACGAAGACUACCAGGUGCGGCAUCAAUAGAUCGCGCAUUUAGACAUGGCGACGUAGGCGAGAUCCAAUAGCGCUUUGAGGGUUAAGCAUGCUUCUCUCCCUCUCCCCCCUUCUCUCUGUCCCAUAUCUGUAUAAUACCAACCGGAUUCACGUGUUGCAGCCGCUAUAAGCUACGUGGCCGUGAUUUGAUAUGAGGUCAAUAGAAGCUUUGCAAUGGGGCCAUAUUAGAUUUCCAAUCGCUUGGGUAAUCAGAUAUUCAAUCUGUGGUAACACACACCCCUCGUGAAUGGGAUGGGAUUUCUCUAAUGCUGCAGGGUUGGGGGAAUUUCGAGCUCCAAUCCUUGGCGUCACGCACACAAUCAGGCGGUGAGUAGGUAGAUACGAUGUCGAACAAAUUUCUUUAGGCCCUGGUCGUCACAUACAUGCUAUGUAGUGCGGCGGGAAUAUUGCCAAUAGAAUUACCAAUAGAAUCGUAAUUCGACGGACGAGUGAAAGGUCCCCUAACCUAGUGGUUGGGUCGAUCUGACAAUGGCCUUACCGAAACUACCCCUUAACUAC